AAACAAACACGUCACGUCAACAAUUUUCUGUUUCUCUGCUGCUGCUGCGCUCUUGUCAGACAAACGAAAGAAAGUCCAUCCAUCGGAAUGCUUCACUGCGCUUCCAUUACGGUAUCUGGUGUUGUUACAUUUACAGUUAUCCAGUAGAAGAUUCGUUGGAUGUUUGAUCAGGUAACGAGUGAUUCCUGUUUCAGGUACUCGGCUUGAACGGAGAGAGAGCGAGAAAGGAAGAGAGAGAAUCAUGUCUUCCCUCAUCAGCACCACCACCUGUUGCGUACCGAAUUGCGAUCCGGGGCCUAGCACCGAUUUUGGGGUUCCGAUUCCGACCGAUUUGGAGCUGCGACAGCGAUGGCGAGAUGCAAUUCAUGCAGGAACCCAGCAGUGGGUCGAUGUGGGACAACCCGAUGCUUCCGAGAUUUUGUUGGUGUGCAAGAAUCACUUCAAGGCACUGCAACCCACCGAAUCGGAACCACCGAGUGGCGAAAGCGAAUAUCAGGAGCCGACACUUUUUGUAAAAGAUAACUCCCCGGUCGAGGUGGCCUGCUGUCGGAUGUGUCUACGUUUUACCACAACCGAUUCGAUGUUUCCCGGUAGCCACUGUUUGGCACCCGGAGUAUCUUUAGCGGUUUUGGUGCAGCAAUAUUUUGGCUUACCGAAUGCCGAAAACGAUCCAAAGUUUGGUAACCUCAAACGAACAUAUUGCCUACAAUGUACGGCUCGAAUCGAUAUGUUCCGCUGCUUCGUGAAGGAGAUCGACGGUGCACAACAAAGUUGGUCACAGACCAUUGCCAGGGCCGAUGGCUACAAGAUUCAAUUGAAACGGGUGAAAUUCAGAAAAAAAUCUUCUGCUGUUGUUGAAGAUGAGAAACAACCCUCGGCAGAGGAAGUUGUAAAACAGGAAGAGGAACCGCCGAAAGUAUCUUCAGGAAAUUCAACGCCCUCACUGGACGAAAAGGUCCCUAUCAGUAUUGAUUCCGUUGAAAGUUUCCCGGAAGAAACCGGCAAUAAUAACAAUAAUAAUAUUUACUUUAAGAAUAACGUAAACGAAUCAGAGAAGCAUACUCCUAGUAUUAAUUCGAACGACAGCGCAGAUAAUCCUAAAGUAGAUGGCCCGCUGAUCGAUGAUAAAUCAACUAGUAUUUGCUCCAUCAAAGAUGAAUCGGUACUGAUGGAACUGGAACUAACUUUGGGUAUGGCGACGACUUACGAGGAGGUGAGCAUCGAAGAUGUGGUUCGAUCCUUAAGCCCAGUACCGAGUGGAAGGGUAACGCGCUCUAAGCUGCAAACAAAUUCCAAAAGCUUGGAAGCUUCGCCGGAGGAUAAUGAGGCAAGCACUGAUGAUAGGGAUCAAUUCUCUGAAGAAAAUCUACACUGCAAAAAGUGUGAGCUGACCUUCAACAACAAAAGUAGCCUCAGUCUGCACAUGAAGGCGGCCCACGGGGUCGCUUUCGUUCUGCCACCAGAAAGGCGCCGCCCGUCGGUGGCCUGUACUGUUUGCCAGAAAAAAAUCCGUCCCAGCAAUCUGUCCAAGCACAUGCGAACGCACACCAACGAGAAGCCCUAUCGCUGUGAUCAAUGCGGUAAAUGCUUCCCCAGCUAUGGUAGUCUUUAUCGGCACCGAAAGGUGGUACUUUGCCAGGUCAAGAAGGACAAGAUCAAGGACAAAGAAAAACCCACCUCAUCCGGAAGCAGCCCACUCGCCAGUCGCAAAAAUCACGGCAACAAAAUGAUACCGACCUGCAACCUAUGUCAGGCCACUUUCGCUCAUUCCAAGGAACUCCCGGACCAUUUCUCGGAACAUCAUCCCACCGAAACGCUCAAAUUCUACCCGUGCGAGAUGUGCGACGAACUCUACUUCGCUCCCAAAGGCCUCUAUCAGCACCGGCACCUGCACAAUGGGCGCUUCAAGUGCAAGGAAUGUGGCAAGGCUCACUACAAGGAGGCAGACCUUUACAGCCACCUACGGAACGUUCACGGCCAGAUCAACACCGAUGCGAACAAUACCGCCGAAUGUUCCAUCUGUCUGGAGACGAUCCCUAGGCAUAGCAUCAAAUCGCACAUGAAGGCCCACACCGGAGAUGUAAGGUAUACACGGUGCCCGAACUGUCGCCAGACGGUGCACAAGAUCAGUAUGGCGAAGCACCGGCGGACCGAGUGCGCCGGACGAAGGGUUGGUAAGAAGGGUAAACGUGCGUGAGAAUGGUUGACUUUUCGACACGCAGUGCAAUAAAACGGUGGCCUUUUGAUAUAUACAUUUUUUGCUUAUACUAUUAGGAAGUUGUUUUCUGACUUCGAACUUUCUUGGUUUUUUUUACUUUAAUAUUUUCUCUUUUGGUUUCAAACAUUAUUCGAUAUAUAUUUAAAAAAAAUCAGAAAUUUGUAACAAAGUUUCAAAGAUUAAAUUUUUCUCUUUACUUUUUCAUUUUGGUUAAGCUAUUUUUUAAAUUGCAGCACUAAUACCUUUAAAUAGCUUAAUAU